CGCGCCAAGCCCAGGAGGAGGAUUCUUUGAGUAAAGGAGGAAAGGGCCUCAUUGCUUCUCACUUCUACCAGUCUUGUUUGUAUUUCCUUCUUCAGAACGACUCAGUUCAGGGGACCCUCAUAAGGUGACUUAACGAACGCUGACUUUUCUGGUGGACACUUGCCCUCUAGUGCGUGUCGACCCCAGGCACUGGAUACGUGUGGGAAUUCAGAGUUAAUGCUUUGUAACAAAGUGGUCUCUUUAAAAGCCAGACUUGUUACCUGGCUCGAGUUACUCUCCCUUCCAAAUCCAGCCCGAGACGUCCCCAACGCUGGUGUCUGUGACUCCGUCCCAGCGUGGGACAGGCUGCCGUGCACUCCCUCGCCCAGCACCCGAGGAGACUGCGAGCGGCUGGGAUGCUGCUACGACGCUGAGGAGGAAAAUCCCUGUUACUACGGAAACACAGUGACCUCACGCUGUACCCAGGACAGCCACUUCUCCAUCGCCGUGUCUCGGAACGUGACCUCACCCCCGCUGCUCUUGAAUUCUGUGCACUUGGCCUUCACGAAUGACAGCGAGUGUGAACCCGUGAUGGUGACGCACACCUUUGUCCUGUUCCAGUUCCCCGUCACUGCCUGUGGCACCACCAAGCAAGUUACCAGAAACCAUGCGGUGUAUGAGAACGAGCUGGUGGCCGCCAGGGAUGUGCAAACUUGGAGCCAGGGUUCUAUCACCCGAGACAGUGUCUUCAGGCUCCGCGUCGGCUGCAGCUACUCCGUGAGCAGCAGCGCUUUCCCGGCGAGCAUCCAGGUCCUCCCCCUCCCGCCCCCGCUGCCCGAGGCCCAUCCCGGACCCCUCACUAUGGAACUUCGGAUCGCCAAAGACUCGCACUACGGCUCCUACUACGCAGCCGGUGACUACCCGGUGGUGAAGCUGCUCCGGGACCCCAUACACGUGGAGGUCUCGCUCCGCGGCAGGGCGGACCCCUCCCUCGGGCUGCGCCUGCAGCAUUGCUGGGCCACCCCCGGCGCGAGCCCCCUGCUCCAGCCCCAGUGGCCCCUGCUGGUGAAGGGAUGCCCCUACACGGGAGACAACUACCGGACCAGACUGGUCCCCGUGCGGGAGGCCCCGGGCCUGCCGUUCCCCUCCCACCACCAGCGUUUCAGCAUCUCCACCUUCAGUUUUGUGGACUCGGCGUCGAAGCAGGCGCUCAAGGGACCGGUGUACCUGCACUGCAGGGCCUCCGUCUGCCAGCCCACUGGGGCGGCAUCCUGCCGGGUAACCUGUCCCGCUGCCAGGCGUGAGUACCCAGGCCGUCUACACUGGAGGACAGGGAGAAGGCGCUCGGAGGGCCCCCUUCAGAACAGCACGGCCCGCGUUUCCAGCGAGGGCCCCAUGAUCCUGCUCCAGGCUACUCGGGACCCUGCAGAGGAGCUCAGGAAAUACUCAAGGUCUCCGGUGGACGCCCGCGCGCUGUGGGUGGCCGGCCUCUCUGGAACCGUGAUCGUCGGAGCCGCCUUAGGGGCCUUGUCCGCGUCCUGCUUGGCCAUCAGGAAGCGGAGAUGAGUUACGGACCACGCGUGUCAAUAAAACCCGUUUGCACUAACAGCCUGUGCCCGCUUCUCAUUUGAAAGGUAAAGAGCAAUUUCUUGAGCUCAUCUGUCGGCGUCUCCUUUUUCCAGCCUGGAAGUCAUUUUCUUUUUUAUCUGAGAAUAAAAAAAGAUACCCUAUUUUCUCCAGCCCUUCCAUCUUAAUAGAAAAACAUUUCAGUAGAAUUUCCUAGUCGGUGAAUUAACAACUUCAAGCAGAAUCGACAAGAACUAAAGGCCUCAGACUUAGCAGAGACCCCGGCGCGCUCCUGAGGGGCAGCGAGCAAAGCUCUCCCCCCAGAGGAACCGCCCGGGCAGAGUUCGCCUGCAGCUCCUCACGCGUCCUCCCGACGCCGGUCCUCGGGCUCCGGUGGGCGGCAGGGCCGAAGGAGGCUGAGGAAGCAGACUGCCGGCCCCGCCCGGGGCUUCUGAUGCGGUAGCUCUGGGCUGAGGCUCGGGGGCUUGGUUUCUCAGCAUUUCUCGGGUGCUCCUGAUCUUUCUAUUCCAAGCAUCACACUUCAGAAACUAAUGUCCGGAACAAAGCCAAAAAGAGGUAUCUGAUCGUGGAUGACCAGCUGGAAAUGGUGUGAUCAGAAGAGGUGCUGUUUCGAGCCAGAACCAAAGAGUCACUUCCUAGUUGAGUAGCUCUUAAGACUAGCAGAGAAAUGGGACGUAGGAGUGGGGUGACGUCCCAAGCUGAACAUUCCAGGCAAAGGACUCUAUAACUCAGUCCUGGCGGUGCUCCGGGGACGGGUGGCCUCCUCUCUUCCCAGGGAGGGGAGUGGGCCGGGGGCUGGAGGAGGCUGGAAACGGCACCUUGACGUCGGCCGCACGUGUGGAAACGCUUUACGGGGUCUUCAUGUUUGAUGAAGUAACCACCCCUCACAUCAGGAGGUGACAUUAGACUAUUUCAGCCUCCAGCAGGGAAGUUACUCACGGGGCCUGGGCACAGGAGGGACAGGAAACCACAAGCUGCGCCCGAGAUCAGUGGCCAUUCAGGAGGAAUCCUACUGUUUUUAGUAGAAGCCAGCCCCUGCCACCUCCACCUCCACCUAGAAUGUUCAGACCAGGGUCUGGUGUGACUGUCGGCCCAACAUCUAACCUCUGCAGACCCAACCUUCUCCCUCCUGAGAAAAGGACUAAAUUGUCUCUACCUUUCUGUCUCUGCACUUUUGGCUCUUAGAACAUUCUUAAUCCCAUCUCCCGUUGGUCCUGCUUCCUGGCUCUCCCUGGGAAAGGCAACUUCCCUGAUUCCUUGCUCAGAACCUCCAUGCCGGGAGCUGCGGAUGUGCUCUUGUGUCUCCACGACAGCACACUUCUGCCU